AUGAGCAUUCCUGGACCUCCGGUUUGGAACGGUGGAGAAGAUUCUUACUUCUUGAUGAGUGGCAUAAAGGAUCUCUUAGGAAUCCCUUCUAGUACGAUGCCCGUCCAUUUCCUGAAAGAUAGUUUAGUAGUUAGGAGUUGCGAGGAUAGCUUGUUUCAGUUCGCUGCAAAAGUGAGAGAUGCUCUUUUAGAGGUGAGAGCAAGCACUGCAGAUCCAGCUAUUAAAAUUGAAGCACAAGCCUUAGCAGAAGAGGUGGGAUCAUACCGGUUCUCUAUUUGUACAGUGGUGUGGUAUGAUAUCCUUAGAAAAGUUCAAACUGUGAAUAAACUUCUGCAAUCACAAUGCAUGCAUCUGAAUGUAGCUGUUGACAUUCUCAAGAAGGCUGAAACCUCCCUUGUUAGCUACAGAGACACUGAGUUUGCUGAUGCCCAGACAUCUGCCAAAGAGAUAUGUGAGGAGAUGAAUGUGGAAGCUGCUCUAAAGCAGAAAAGACUCAGAACUACUAAAAGGCAGUUUUCCUAUGAGGCCCCUGAUGAACCUAUAACCGAUGCCUUGAAAAAAAUGGAGUUUUCAUUUUUCAAUGUAGUUGUGGAUAUGACCAUUGAAUCUCUGAGAGAGAGAACUGGAAUGAUGAGUGAUGUUGCAAAGAAAUUCAGUGUUCUCAUAAACUUCUCUGACCUGACAUCUAGUGAGCUAGAAAAGCAGGCAAAUGAUUUGUGUAAUACACUCACAUCUGGGGAUCAUUCUGAUUUAAAUUAUGCUGAACUGAUUCAACAGACUGUGGGAUCUCCCUCUCCAGACCGUCGGAUCACUGGUAUGGUGCGCCUUGACGAUGACACGCAAAAAGAAGGAUGA